AGACGGUCAAAGCUUUUGGUCUGUUUUGUUUUUCAGUGUAGUUGCACAAAUAAUGACCCCCGAAAUAUAGCCAGUGUAUUAAUGAAAGGACGUGGACGUUAUGGACGUGGGUCCGCAGCAUUCUAUGCCCAUUUUUUGUGAUUUUUCUAAGGACAACUUGUGGCACGUUGAAGAAUGCCCCAAAGCAUUCACUACUUUUUUCUGUCCACCUAACUCCUUGAUGGUACCUUCUCAAUUUUAAGUGGGGUCUGCAGCCUCAGUUUCAUCGCGAGAACUCACGGGGCUUCACGCGCCGCGCACAGUUCCCACGUGCCCCGGCUUUGGUCUCGGGUUUCGCUCACUUCUGGAGCUCUAGGUAGAGUCGGCGGUCGUGGCUCCGCCCCGCUGUGGCUUCGAUCCCCAUGCUGCCCGUACGCCGGACGCGUAGGCUGCUGUGGCAGUUUCUGCAGGGAUGGGCGCCCGCGGUGGCGCGCCAUGGCCUCCCAGAUUCGCUUCUGGAGAGGAGAUGCGCGGCCGCCUUCUUCCAGCACCCAUCCCUCCUGGGACGUGGGCUUCCUCAUGACACCACAGCGACUAGGGACUAUGAUGGAAGCUCUGACACGGAAGAGCGUUUUGUGUUCCCCGAGUAUGUCCCGAAGCCCCCGCCCGCACCAAGUCAUGAGGAGAAGUUUCGCGAGCUGCUGCAGCUGCAGCAGGAGAAAGAGCGACAAAAGGAGCGGCGGAAGGAGGAACGACUCCAGCAGAAGCUACGGGUCGGCCGCCGCCCGCGCCCGGUUGUGCAACUCCCAGACCCGACACUGCCUCCUAGCGGCCUGAACUGCACGGGCUGCGGGGCAGAGCUGCAUUGCCAGGACCCCGGCAUGCCCGGUUACCUGCCCAGCGAGAAGCUCUCCAGCGCGGCGCGGGCGGACAGCGGACCGGUACGGCUCGUGUGCCAGCGCUGCUGGCUGCUGGUGCACCAUCGGCGCGCCCUGCGCCUGCAGGUGAGCCGCGAACAGUACUUGGAACUGGUGAGCGCCGCGCUGCGGCGGCCAGGGCCAGCGCUGGUGCUCUAUAUGGUAGACCUGCUCGACCUGCCCGACGCCCUGCUGUCCGACUUGCCCACGCUGGUGGGCUCCAAGCAGCUCAUAGUGCUAGGGAACAAAGUAGACCUUCUCCCCCAGGAUGCUCCUGGCUACCGGCAGCGGCUCCGGGACAGGCUAUGGGACGACUGUAUCCGUGCAGGGCUCCUACCGGCCCCUGGCCACCAAGGACCACAGCAGCCCGGCGGGGACAAGCCACGGGACGCGAAAGAGAAUUCGAAUCCGUCGACCUGGUCGCGCACUGUGGUCAGGGACGUAAGGCUGAUCAGUGCCAAGACUGGCUAUGGAAUCGAAGAAUUGAUCUCCGCACUUCAGCGCUCCUGGCGCUACCGUGGCGAUGUCUACCUGGUGGGCGCCACCAACUCCGGCAAGUCCACUCUUUUUAACACACUCCUGGAGUCUGAUUACUGCACCGCAAAGGGCGCCGAGGCCAUCGACAGGGCCACCAUCUCCCCGUGGCCAGGUACUACAUUAAACCUUCUGAAGUUUCCUAUCUGCAACCCAACUCCUUACAGAAUGUUUGCAAGACAUAAAAGACUUAAAAAUGAUGCAAAUAAAGCUGAAGAAGAUCUUAGUGAACAAGAACAAAAUCAGCUUAAUCUCUUUAAAAAGCAUGGUUAUGUAGUUGGAAGAGUUGGAAGAACAUUCUUAUAUUCAAAAGAACAGAAGAAAGAAGGUACCUUUGAGUUUGAUGUUGAUUCGCUUGCCUUUGACGUGGGAAAUGAACCUGUCAUGGUUGUGGAGAAAUCCACCAAACAGGUAGAAUUGACUCCACAAGAUGUGAAAGAUGCCCACUGGUUUUAUGACACCCCUGGAAUUACAAAAGAAAAUUGUAUUUUAAAUCUUCUAACAGAAAAAGAAGUAAAUAUUGUUUUGCCAACACAUUCUAUUGUUCCAAGAACUUUUGUGCUUAAACCAGGAAUGGUUCUAUUUUUGGGUGCUAUAGGCCGCAUAGAUUUCCUGCAGGGAAAUCAGUCCGCUUGGUUUACAGUUGUGGCUUCUAACUUCCUCCCCGUGCAUAUUACUUCCUUGGACAAGGCAGAUGCUUUGUAUCAGAAGCACGCAGGUCAUACAUUACUUCAGGUUCCAAUGGGUGGAGAAGAACGAAUGGCAGAAUUUCCUCCUCUUGUUGCUGAAGACAUAACAUUAGAAGAAGGACUUGGGGAAUCUGAAGCAGUGGCCGACAUCAAGUUUUCCUCUGCAGGUUGGGUUGCAGUAACACCUCAUUUGAAGGACAGAUUACAUCUCCGAGGCUACACACCGCGAGGAACAGUUCUAACUGUCCGGCCUCCUCUCUUGCCAUAUAUUGUUAACAUCAAAGGAGAGCGCAUCAAGAAAAGUGUAGCCUAUAAAACAAAGAAGCCUCCUUCCUUUGUAUCCAAUCUGCAAAAGAAGAAGAAAACAAAUGUAUGAAAUGGACCUGGGUUCACAUUUGGAUAUUAACUGUAUUAAACAUGGUAAUAUACAUUGAAAUUGUAUUAAACAUGGCUAUAAUUAAGUCCCCUUCUGCUGUCAUUCUUUCCAAAAAUCUUAACAGUUGACUUUUUAAAACUAUUCAGUCUUGUGCUGAACUAUUGGUAAUAUAUUGAGCUUAUAAAUAACAAAUGACUUUUUGUAGUUUAUGUAUAUGUAUAUAUCUGUGACCC